ACAGUUUUGACGUUGGGAAACACUCAUGAAAAUUUUAGGAAAAUGGGUGAGUUUAACCCGACAUAAUGGCAUGCACUUGCGUCUAAUGUUUGAUUUAAGCAAAAUUUUGCAAGAAAAAGGAAGAUCUAUAAAGAGAAACAAGGAAGUAUCUUAGCAUAUGUUGGAAGUUGUAUGAUGUAUAUGCUAUGAAUGCUAACAAUGGCCACUUGAACAACUCACAUUUAUGAGCCAUUCUCAACUUCCAUCUUCCUACUUCAAAGAUCCACUACUCCAGCUAGGUCACUUUCAAGUUCCCUUUAUAAAGAUUCAAGUCAGAACAAACACUCUCACCCCCACACCACUGCAGGUACAAAAAAAUGGAUAUCUACUCUAGAGAAGCAGUAGCCAUGGUUUUGGCCUUAGCAUUUGCAUUAUUGAAUGGUGGGUUUGCACAAGAUCCUCUUGUUCCUGCUAUCAUUACAUUUGGGGACUCAGCUGUAGAUGUUGGGAACAAUGACUAUCUCCCUACAAUUUUCAAGGCCAAUUACCCUCCAUAUGGAAGGGACUUUGUCAAUCAAAAGCCUACAGGGAGGUUCUGCAAUGGCAAAUUAGCCACCGACAUAACAGCUGAAACUCUUGGAUUUAAGACUUAUCCUCCUGCAUAUCUUAGCCCAGAUGCAUCAGGGAAAAACCUUCUUAUUGGAGCUAACUUUGCAUCAGCUGCAUCUGGUUACGAUGAAAAUGCUGCCAAGUUAAAUCAUGCAAUUCCAUUGUCUCAACAGUUGCAGUUCUUCAAUGAAUACAAGAGUAAGCUGGCCCAGGUUGCAGGAAGUAACCAAACAGAAUCAAUCAUUAAGGGUGCACUCUACUUAUUGAGUGCAGGAAGUAGCGACUUCCUCCAGAACUACUAUGUCAAUCCUUUGAUAAACAAAGUCUAUACUCCUGAUCAGUAUGGCUCACUCCUUGUCAGUGCAUUUACAAGCUUUGUUAAGGACUUGUAUGGUUUUGGGGCUAGGAGACUUGGGGUAACUUCACUCCCACCAUUGGGUUGCCUUCCUGCAGCUCGCACUUUAUUUGGAUUUCAAGAGAGUGGGUGUAUCUCCAGGAUCAACACUGAUGCCCAGCAAUUCAACAAGAAGAUAAACUCAGCUGUUGCGAGUCUCCAAAAACAACUUCCUGAUCUAAGGAUUGUCGUCUUCGACAUCUUCAAGCCACUCUAUGACCUUGUUAAAACCCCUUCAGCUAAUGGUUUUGUGGAAGCAAGAAGAGGGUGCUGUGGGACAGGGACAGUAGAGACAACAUCGUUGUUGUGCAAUCCAAAGUCCCCAGGAACUUGCCCCAAUGCCACCCAGUAUGUGUUUUGGGACAGUGUCCAUCCAUCUCAGGCAGCUAAUCAGGUUCUUGCAGAUGCGUUGAUUGUUCAGGGAUUUGCUCUCCUUUGACGCCCAUAUAUAAAAUUUUUAUGUGUAACAUUUCCCACUGGAGUGAUAUUGCAUUUCUACUAGUGUCCUAAUCAAAAACUGGUAUUGAAUUUCAUGUAGCUGAAGAAACUUAUUUCCUAUUAUGAGAAGUUCAAUUGCAAAUUUCUCUCAA